UUCUGCUUGCUCGGAACGAAACAACAAAACAAUCCUAGCCUAGAAGCUGACGUAGAGAAUGACUUGCAAAUUUUGCCCUAAUCCAGUCGACAAGCUGUGCUCAACCAUUGUUAUUCGUAUUUGGAAUACUUAGUUUCUUUCUCGAAUUUUAACGAUGGCUCCGGAAAACAAGCGUGGGGAAAGGAAACAUACACUUGCUCCACUAUCGCCAAGUCCUGUGGUAGACAUAAGUGACGAUGAGCUAGUCACGAUCUCUGUUCGAGAUCUGAACCGCCAACUGAAGCUCCGAGGGCUGACACGAGAUGAGAUUGUGCGCAUGAAACAAAGGAGGCGUACUCUGAAGAACAGGGGUUAUGCAGCCAGUUGCCGUGAAAAAAGGAUAGAACAGAAAGAUGAACUAGAGGUUGAAAAAACACACGAGUAUCAAGAGUUAGAAAUGAUGGCUGUUGACAACGAUGUAAUGCGUAAAGAUCUAGAGAAUCUGCAAGCCCAGUUCUCAGCAAUGAAACAGUUUGCCAUCUCUAAGAAUAUUGCUUUGCCCCACGAUCUGCUAGCCACAGUCUAACUUAAGAGCAAAUUACAGUUGCCGCAUCAAGAGGAUCGAGCAGAUAGAUGAACUGGAGACGGAGAAGUCUGCGGAGUACCGAGACAUGGAAGUCAUGGAGGACGAGAACAACUCACUGAGACUUCAGCUGCAGGACUUGCAAGCUCGCUAUGCUGCGCUCAAGAAGUUCGCUUUGCUGCGUAACAUCCCAAUACCUCCCGAACUAGAUUGAGAGACACGUGGCAUAGUGGCUGUCUAUCUGACAUAACUUGUAAUAAUAGUUUACAAAGAUUAUUUGGGCACCCGGCAAAGGAUUUAUUUGAUUUUUUAUUAAAAUAAUUUAAAUUUUGAGAUUGUUUUAGAAGCAAGCGGAGAUUUAAAAAAAUACACAUUCCUUUUGAUAGUUUGUUAACUCAAUGUCCUUAGUUUUCAGUGAAAGUGUUGGUGGUUUUGAUUGCUCAAAUAUGCUCUUGUUAAAUGAAAAGUACAUGGAUAAAAGAUAGACAGCCAUCUUGCGAUUAUAACCUUUGAUCACGGGUCACUUGAUAACAUUGUAGUGAAGCUAUUUAUUUAAAAGACAGCUUUUUAAGUAUCCGUAAAGUAUGUUUUCCUGCCUAUGUAGGUGACUGUAAUGGACUUGGGAAUGGUGUAGUAUAGAAAACAUAAAAAUAUGAUUUUUAAUAAGUCAUGGCUAUGUUAGCCUUUAAUAAUUUUUUUCCGUUGAUGACGGUGGUUUAUGAUGGCUUUCUUGAAGUGAAGCAAGUUUGGAAUAUACGAAACAGUUGAAUAAUUUGUCGCAUGCAAUAAAAUUAUUCUAUGCCUUUUUUACAAAACAUUUGUUGUCAUUAUGUGGUAUGACAUGUCUAAGACCAAUAUAUGCAUAUGACAUUUGCCUUAGGCUAGUAUGCAUAUGACAUAUGCCUAAGACUGAUAUUUGCACAUUAUUGGCAUACAACAUCGAUUCUAAAUCAUGUAAAUGUUAGAUACUGUAGACAAACUUCACUUUUCCUGCUGUAAGUACAGUUUUUAUCUAAAUAUUAAUGUAAUAUUAAACUGUUCUUAAUAGUUAUUUGUGCAACUAGUGAGAAAAGUGAGCAAUUGACUCACUCGAGAGAAAUCCUUACUCACGAGCCGUAGGCGAGUGAGGAAUGGUUUCUCGAGUGAGGCAAUUGUACUUUAAACUCGAGUUGCACAUUAUACUUUUCCUACAGUUACCAUAAAACAAAUAAAUUUGUGAAGAAACAUAACCUAUUUUUACACAGAAGUGAACUUUUAAUAUAAAAUUUAAUGUGAAGUGACAAAUACAACAGUACAACAGCUGACCAGCUGAUUUACAGCCAGUGCUGCCAACGUAUUUCGCGCGCAUACGACGUUGCCUGCAUGUUACACGCUCACUAUUUCGUGCCUUCACGUUGCAAAUCUGGAGUGAGACAAAGUAAUUAGAGUGAGACAAUGUUAACAUUGUCUCACUGAUGAGCGAAUUGGCCACUUUGCUUUCUCAAAUCAGUGAGAGAACAUGUACAUUGUUAGGUAACUGUAGGAAAAAAGAAUUGUACCUACUUCAUAAUGUAUGAUUUUAAAUUAUUUGUUUGGUUGUAGCUGGCGUUAAAACGUGUACCAGGGAUGUAAAAUUAUCAAUGUCAAAAGAGAACUAAAGUGCAAGGUUGUUUUGCAUCUUACCUCGGUCAAUAAAAAAUUUUUAACCCUUUGAAUUUUCAAAUUAUUUUUUAAUUGUAAGAAUUUAGUAUUAUGGUUUGGUUGUUAAUACAAUAUUUAUAUACUUUAACUUUGGUUAAGACUCAUUUGAAAUAUAUUUUUAUACUUGGUUUUUGUUCCUUACAAUAAAUAUUUUACAUUUA